AUGACGAUCUCACUGAACCCUCGUGCCCCUAAGCCGGACCAUGAGAACGCUCCCUACGAGGCCACUGGCCCCGUUGCCGCCGACUCACUGGCUGCGGAGUCGUUGGAGGCGAAGGGCGGAUUUGCCGAAAACACAGGCGCAGCAGCGCAGUCGGUCCGGGGAGGUCAAUCUACAUUCGCCACCACUGACACUUCAGCCGCCCAUGUUCUGCACCCAGCAGCAUCGGGCGCAAGCCGCGAGAAGCAAGAUGCGCUCGGGGCGGACGCCGACGUCAAAGGCGCCUCGGGCCUCAAGCUCGACGCGGCAGGCAAGGCCGACUUUGACGGCGCGCACAACGCGGACGGAUACUACGGCGGGCCGAGCGGCCAGGGCCAGGCUCUGAGCCACGGCGGCGGGAGGGCUGGCGAUAGCGACUUUGGUGCGUCGACAGCCCCGGGCCGGCACACGGCUGAUCCAGAAAUCCGGUCGACCGGCAGUGGCUUCGACAACGCCUCCUCGUCCGGUGGCGGUGGUGCUGGCGCGCGGCCCUAUGUCGACGCUGCCCCAGGAUACGUGGCCAGUGUGACGGGCGCCGCGAGAUCUGAUGGCUCGUACAAGCCCAAGGGCAGCAACCUCGACGAUGCAGACGUGACCGACUCCGUCCCGAAGACCAAGACAUUCACCGGCAAUGUGGGCGGCCAGUACGAUCCUGGGCGCGUGGCAGAGCGAGAAUUCGAAGGACGCAACACCGGAUUCGAAACCGAGCUUUCUUCGGCCGGCGUGGACGGAGGCAGACAGCGACAGCAAGGUUCCUCGGGCGCAGUGGGCGAGCAAGGGGGACAGUAUGGCGUGCUCGAAAGCGAGAGAGCAUGA